ACUGGACUAAAUUUAGAUAAUUUUAAUGUUUUGAUUAAUCAUAAUUAAUAGAAUAUAGAUAGAAAAAUGUAUUUGGAAUUUUUGGAAGCGAUUCCCCUAUUGUUUAUAAAAAAUACUAAAAUCUUCCUCCUCAUUAUUCAUUAGCAAUAUAAUUAGAUAUAUUAUUAUACAAAAAUACAGAUGAUAAAAAAUCCAAAUUUGAUUAUGUUUAGAUAUAUUUUGAUAGUACACUUGAUUCUACUUUUUAAAUUUAUAAUUAAAAAGGAUUUUAGAUAUGCCAAGCUGAUAAAAUUUUCACAUAUGAUAAGAAAUUUAUACACUUUGGGGAUUCAAUAAAGAGAAUUCAUUCAAAUUUUACACAUACAAAUGAAAAUUUUGUUUUAUAAUUUCGUUCUAAGGUUGCUAAUGAAAAGAUUGGUAAUGGUUUUGGAAUCAAAAAUAUCUAUAUAUCGAUCGAUACAUGCCACGAAUCAUGUCUUUCGUGUAAUGGCCCCACUGAGACUGAUUGUUUGACUUGUCCUUAGGGUCUUCCAUUAUUGUAAAUAUUGAAAGAUAAAAUUAUUGGAAAUGCUUGUAAUUGUGAUGGGUAUGUUAAAAAUAACUAAUGCCUAACUGAGUGUGAUCUAACUAAAGAGGUCAUUGUUUAAAAUGGUAAUUAUAAAAUUUGUGUAGAAAAUAAAUGCGCAGAUGCGAAUUGUAUUAAUUGUGAAAAUAAUUAAUGCAUUUUAUGUGAAGAACCUUAUUUUAUUAGUCUAGGGAAAUGCGUAAAGGAAUGCCCCUAUAAUUCUUUGGUUGAUAAUAAAUUAUGUAUAGAUAGUGCUAAAAUACCAAAACACGGGGAAUAUUUACUUUAAGCUUUAUUUGGAUAGUAUUUCGCGUCAGGAGAAUUAGGAAGGGCAGAAAUUGUUUUGGAAGGAUUUAAUCAAUAAUAAUUUAAAAUGUGUAAUGAUGUUUGGCUUCUUGGGGGACCUUUUGUGGGGGUUGGGAAUAGAAAUAAGGAUAUUUUUAUUAGAAAAAAAUUAAAGGCGAAAAGAGCAUUUUAUUAGAUUAAUGUUGGGUAUAAGUAUUAUGUUAUUGAUGAUACAAAACUAUUAAUUAAAACAUGUUUAGGAAAUGAAAAUUGUGAUUUUAAUAAUAAUAUUCAAUUUACCGAAAAAGCUUAACAGAGUUGCGCACAUUAUGGUAAAUAGGCUGAAUUGUUUAACUAUUACAAAGAAUUUGAUUUUAGAGGAAAAUUAGCUGAAAGUUUGAAUGAGUUUUUUAUAUAAGUAGUUGUAGAGAGCUAGAUUAUUAAGUCAAUUCCAGAAGCUAAUACUUAGUUUUUUGGAUUUAGAGAAUUGUAUGUUGUGAUUGAAUAUUGUGAUGAUAAUUGUAAAACAUGCAGUAAUGCAGAUAAAUGUGAUGAUUGUUAAAAUGGAUACUAUUUGCUUGGGAAUUAAUGUGUAGAUAAAUGUCCUGAAAAUUAUAUUGAGUAAAAUUAAUAGUGUGUUAGUUGCGAUGAAAGUUUUAAAUGUAAAAGAUGUAUUACUGAAGGAUAUAAAUAAUGUUCUAAAUGCAAUAAAAUGUUAAAUAUUUUAUCUAAUUUUUGCCCAAAGUGAAUAUUAUUUAAUUUUUUUUUUUUU